AUGACUCUCGUUGCCACUGAGCCAGCUACCGGUUUGGUGCAAACCUUCCAGGCUGAAGUAGCUGAGGAAAUCUUUGGCCGUUUGGAAUUGACUGUUCCUGUUGCUAGGAUUAGAGGAAGCUCCACCAUGAAGCCCUUGUUGACUUAUCAGGAGGAUCUGGAUGAGAGAGUGCUAUACAAAGAUGAAUUGUUUGAGUGGCCGUCGGAGGAUGCCUUCAACGACAGAAACAGAUUCUACAAGGUUCAGGAAGCAGAAUUGCAAGACAAUGAGUGGAUUUGUCUGUAUUUGAAACUUGUCCUACUUUCAAAGGAUAAAGAACUCCAAGCCAACCAUUUGUCCAAAUUGAAGAUAUUGAAUGUUUGGAUAGAAGCUACUGUCGAUGAGGUCGAACCGCCAAAUGCGAGACUCAAAGCCAAAAGCGCACUUGUCUACAUAACUUUCCGCUUGGCCAGUUUGGGGAUUAGAGAGCAUAUUCAACGCAAGGCUAUUGUGCGAAGAGUAAUCAGUGAGACAGGGAGAUUGAUCUUGCUUGAUGUUUUCACGCCUUUCAUAAAAAACAAUUCUUCCCCUUAUCCCUGGCUAUCCGGGAUGACUCCUGUAGACUUUUCCCAGAUGUCACAGAUGGAAAAGUGA